AUGAGUGAUACGUUCAUGUCGGACAGUGAAGAAGAUGGGGGUGAUUUCUCAGCCAGUGAAGAUGAAUGGUUGCCGGGCAAAUCGGACGGCAAGAACAGUCGCAGUGCGAAAGAUUCUUCCGGAGCCGAUUCUGAUAGCUCCGACCAUUCUGAUGCGCUUUCAGAAAAUGGUAUUCGUUCCGGUAACACCGGCAAAGGCAAGGGAAGAAAAUUAGCCUGGAACGCUAAGAACGGAUCUUGCAAUAGCAACUCAAAAAGUAAACGACCAUCAAACCGUCCCGGUAAAACAACUGGGGUGCGUGGAAAAGAAUCAUUAAAACGAACACACCAAGAUUCGGAAAGUAGCGGUGAUGAACAUCUUGUCGAUCCGACUAAGCUUGAUCUGAAAUCCAAAUUUUUUGACGCCAUUUCAUCGAAUUCGCUGGCUCGCAAUCUCCCCGCAAAUGAAGCUCCUAUCUUUGACUGUAAUGCUGGCAUUGGAAAGCUCUCCGACAGCUCUGAAGAUGAGAACGAUUUGGAACAGAAUGUCGAAAAAGAUGCCAGGGGUGCACGGAAGUUGAUUACGAAAAUUAACGAAACGUCACAAGCGUAUGUAAAUUUCCAACACUUUACUAAAACUCUGGAAACAGCAAAGAACCAGUUGGAGAGCGUUUCGAAAAAGCAACAUCAACACAACUCUUCCGACGUUUCGCAGCUGCUUGCUUUGGGUGAGCUGGGUUCAAAUGCUGCACCAAAGAACGCUCCCACUAGCGGAACAAAGGCUCGAAAAGCUACGAAAAAACAGCAGGAAUCGGAUUCCGAUUGGGAGGAGGUCGAAGAAGCCACACAGCCCUGUACAUCCCGCACAGAUGGACAGGGCACGGUACAGAUUACCCUGAAAUCGGAAGUGGCGCCACAGAAGAAGAAAAAAUGCACUGAAAUCGAUGUGGAAGCUUACAUAACGCGUAUGAUCAAUCGGGAGAAGCGUGAUGCACAGUUGGUACUGCACAAGGUGACAAUCAUUAUGGGAAUUGCGCAUGGUAAUUUAACGAACUCAGUGCUGAACGCGCCCGCUUUGUUGGCCAUCGGAAAUGCGCUCAUUCCGUCGGAACGCUGCUACCCGAAGGGUUGUACAAAUGUCCAAUACUUUCAGCAGAUAAUGCAAUACUACCGCGAGAUUGUAGACCUCAAGGACAGACGGAUAUUUGUGAACAAAUGGAAAAAGCUUACGCUGGAGAAAUCCCUCCGCCUGCAGCUACUGUCACAGAUGGCUAAUUGUAAGCGAGAUUAUGUUUUGCUCUUUAUCAUACUGCUCCGCUCUAUAGGCAUUCAGUGUCGGAUGGUAACAUCGCUUCAGGUGGUGCCGAAGGUAUUGUCAAAUGCAGACUUGCUUAAGGUGGUGCCGUGUAAAGAGAAGGUGAAAGUAACACAGGAUACCACAAAGAACGUAGCAAGUGACCAUGAUUACGGUGAAGAAAAAAAGAAAAAAUCAACCAUACCCAAGAAACGGAAAGUCACGCCCGUAGAAAUACCCCAGCUGGACGGAGCAGAAGACGUUGUAAAGCCUGGUGGUAAGCGCUCGAAACAAAUACGAACAUCAACCGCUAAAGAAACCCCCAAACCGGUCAGUAUUUCUCCGAGAAAAACGCGAAACCAGCGUUUAGGCGAAGCAAAGUCUGAAGAAAAUAACAAAGAAAAGCCGAAAAAGGAAAACGGUAAACGUUCUAGAGAGAGUAAGAAAACUGCUGAAAAAUCGACGACAGAGUUCGAUAGCGCUUCUAAGGACAAACAAGAAGAGUCAUCCUCUAAAAUGAUACGACGCGAUUAUAGCCAAAAUAAGAACGACACCAAUACAAAACCACCUGCUAAAUGUUCCCCAGUAAAGCCCACCCCAAGUACUCCAUCCUCCAGCAAAAAGAUCGUCAAGAUUGAGCGGUUCAAUCCCAAAACUCGAAAGUUGCUUAAUAAUCCGGUUCUUUCCACGGAUGAUGAAUGCAGUUCUAAAAGCUCGUGUAGCAAACUAAAUCUUUGGAUUGAAGCAUUUGCCGAGGAGGAGAAACGCUGGGUGCCAUUGGACGUUACACGUGGGCUACUGGACAGUGUUCCCGAAAUUGUUCAGCUAGUUUCCACUCCGAUGCUUUACGUACUCGCCUGGAAUAAUGAUGGUACGAUCAAGGACGUUUCCGCCCGGUACUGUGCCGAUUACCUGACGGUAGCGAUUAAGCAUCGGAUCAUGCAACAGUGGAUGGACAAUAUACUGUUCCCGUACAGUGGUGAUCGCCGUAACGAUCGAAACAUUGCAGAAGACAAUGAACUGAGUCGCAUACUGGAAGAGCGUCCCUUACCACGAACAAUUUCGGAGUACAAAAAUCAUCCCUACUUCGCACUGAAGCGCCAUCUGUUGAAGUUCGAAGCAAUUUAUCCACCGGAUGCGCCAACACUUGGUUUUACCUCGGGCAAGGAACCCGUUUAUGCUCGCGAAUGUGUCCAUACCUUGCACGCUCGUGAAAUUUGGCUAAAGCAGGCACGCACUGUAAAAAUGUUCGAGACACCGUAUAAAGUUGUUUCUGGCCGGCCCAAAUACGACAGAUCAUCCAGUCAAAUGUUACCAGCACAACCGCUGGAACUAUUUGGCUACUGGCAGACCGAGGAAUACGAACCACCGACGGCCGAAAACGGAGUUGUACCCCGGAAUGCUUACGGUAAUGUGGAGCUUUUCAAACCAUGUAUGCUGCCAAAGAAAACGGUUCAUCUGCAAUUGCCGGGUUUGAAUCGUGUAUGCAAAAAAUUGCGCAUCGACUGCGCUCAAGCAGUAACCGGGUUUGAUUUUCACAGUGGCAGUAGCCACCCGGUGUACGAUGGGUUUGUCGUUUGUGAAGAGUUUCGUGAUGUAGUCGUUGACGCUUGGCACGAGGAACAGGCGGCGGAAGAGCAAAGAGCGCGAGAAAAGUAUGAAAAGCGUGUCUACGGUAACUGGAAAAAGCUAAUCAAGGGGCUAUUGAUACGCCGCAAACUUCAACACAAGUACAACUUCGAUAAUCUCAACCAGUAG